AGGAAUCCUGCGUGUAUAUGCCUCCCAAGGACAACGUCGAGUGCCCCGCCUCGCUCCUGGCCUCACAAGCCGCUCUCGAGGAGCAGCAUGUCCGGCGCGUCUACGACGCGAUUGCGUGGCAGUGGCACGGCACUCGGUACAAGGCCUGGCCACGCGUCGUCGAGUUUGUGCGCAGCCUGCCGCACGGCUCGCUCGUCGCCGACCUGGGGUGCGGGAACGGCAAGCUCGCGCCUGCCUGCGCCGAGAGCGGCCUCGCCGCCGUUGGCUGCGACUUUUCGAGCGAGCUCGUCCGAAUCGCGGCGAGAGAGAUGCGGAUGGAGGCGCUGGUGGCAGACUGCCUGGCGCUCCCGUAUCGCGACGCGAGCUUCGACGCCGCGCUGUCGAUCGCCGUGCUGCACCACAUCUCCUCGGUGGAGCGGCGGCGUGCGCUGGUCUCCGAGACGAUGCGAGUGCUCCGGGCAGGCGGCGUGGCGCUCUUUUACGCGUGGGCGCUCGAGCAGCAGGAGGGCGUGUCCAACCACGGCUUCGCCGCGCGAGACGUCCUCGUGCCCUUCCACCAGCGAGACAGUACGCCGCGCCGGUCGGCCGAGCUCGAGGCGGCCGCGGGAGGCGUGCACGUGCCGGACAAGCGCGCGACGGUCUUCCAGCGAUACUGCCACGUGUACUCGCAGGGCGAGCCGCCCACCCGCACCUCGGCAGCGCGGUCGCACCCCUCGCCCGCGACGCUGUCGGCGCUCUCCUCCUCGGCACCUCCUCGCGGCGCCACUCUCGCACGCCCCGGACCUGUCCCCUCGCGCCGCCUCCACUCCCGCACGCCCCGGCCCUGUCCCGGACCUGUCCUCUCGCGCCGCCUGACGCCUCAGGCGAGCUCUCCGAGCUCAUCGCCUCCGUGCCGGGCGCCAGCCUCGAGGAGGAGUACCACGACACGGGCAACUGGUGCGCGCUGGUCCGCAAGGAGGGGUGAGGGGCGGUGGCGGGGCGAGCUGCGGCGGUGGCGGCGGCGAGGCGUGCGGCGCGCUGCCCCCGACGGCGCCCGAGCCAGAGCUCUGGCGGGCGCCAAGUGUCGCCGAUCGGCCGCCACCCACUCGCUCCCGGCGACGCUCUCGGCUCGCUCGCGGGUGGACGUGUGAGCACGCAGGAGGGAGAGUGGGCUGCCGCGGCUGUGGCGGCGGCUCGCCUGCAGCCGCGGGCUCAGCCCGCUGGCCCCUCGCCUGCUCGGCCGGCGGACUGGUCACCAUCGGACUGGCCGGCGGGCUGCGCGUUUGUCCGACAGUGCACUGCCAGUUGGUCACGAGGUGUUGUUUGUUCCACACCCGUGCUCGAGCCGCUGUCGUGCCCGAGGAGAAGGCGGGCGCUCGCGUGUGGUCUCGGCCGCGGGCGGCGGCGGCGAGCGGCUCGUGGCGGGCCGCCUGCUGAGGGCGCCACAGGGCAUGGGGCGCCUUGGCAGCGCGAGUGUCUCUCGCGUCUCAGAGCUCUCCGGCUAAGGAAAAAGAAAUCCGUUUCGACAC